UUCCUGAUGCUUUCCCUUUACAGACUUGUGUGUUGUCUUGAAUGAACAAAAAAGGAAAUGCAAUCCUGUGGCAGUUAUGUCUGUGCUCUGACACAUCUUAAAACAUAUUUUCUCCCUGGCUUCAGCAACAUGCAUACCCCAGGAAUUCUUUCCUUUCAGCAGUUUGCCUGUUCUGUGCUCAAGAGCAGAAGUAAGCAAGUAGAAUUAGUUGAUUCCUGCAGUAAAUUUUUAAGUCUGGUAAGGCCAGUGUGUGCGCUUUUCGUUAGUGCCCUUUCUCUGUUGUAGCUGACUAAAACAGUAAUUGGAUACACAUCUGCUUUUAGCUGUUGUUACUCUGAAGUAUUUCCUGUGACUGAAUACAUGGUAACAUCUGUUACAGAAAGGUAGGUGGCGGAACUUUAAUUUAACACACUGUAACAUAUCUUGUGCGUUUAAUUGAACAGCAUGUUUGAAAUACUGAAAUAUCUUUGCAUUCAGCAAGUAGUAAUCACCUGUGGUCUAGAUGUUUUCCAGGACAUCUUUUUCUCCCCUACUUGUGCUGAUUGACUUUAUCAGAAGGGUUCUCUCCAGACUUUGACAGAUCACUGUGUGAGGAACACUAUGCAAACGUAGCAUUUUCCAAAAUGAUUGAGCAGAAUAGCUCAAUAUGUCUCAUAAGCUCACUUUUUAAUAAUAUAGUAUUUGUGAACUGCCACCCUUAAUGAAUAUAGUUUAGCAAUACUGAACACUCCCUCCCUCCCCUUUUUAUUUCUCAGAAAGCACUUUUGUUCGGCUUUUUUUACUCUUGAUUGCUAAUUUUUAGCUUUUGUGAAUUCAGCUUCGUUUGAUUCAGGAAAGAAGAUUCCAACAGUUCUUGAUGAUUUUUCCAUCCUAUUUGUAGUAUUACUAAGUAAAAAAGGAAAGUGAAUUUAGUGAAAUUUUCUUCACAGGACCCAUUUGGAACACUUAAAAGUCAUGAUUAACUACAUCUGACUAAUCAUAUACGAGUUGUUUUGAAGCACUAUUUUCUUAUUUUGUUUGACUGAGAUUUGGUGCUUAGACUUGAACUGAUGUUUUCCCUUGCCCUUUCCCUUUCCUGUCGUCUGGCUGUUCUAACUACAAAAGUUUAAAGAAAUUGAAAGACUGUGACUGGUUUGUAUGCUACUGACUGUUUUACUAAUCAAUAUUUAAUAUGGUUUUCAUAGGAUAUGUAACAUGACACUGAUAUUCUGGACAGGUAAUUUUCAUUGUUUGAAAACCUUACAUAAUAAGGGGAAUCAGGUAAUUGCUAGAAAUGAGCACCUUAUUUUUUUUUAGCAUCAUAUUGCCAAGGAUCUGUUUUGUGAAAUCUACUCUUGAAAAACCUAUAGCUUCUGACUGUUACAAUUAGAGUCAAAAUAGUUCUGAAAUUGUCAAAGUGAAGUUAACAUUUAAGGGACACUGUCACUUUUUUAAACUUACUUUACAUCCUGGCUCUAAAAACCCUUAAUUACUGCUCCCUUACCUAAAGUUUGUAAGGCUAUUUGGUGGAAUUCAGGACUAUAUUAAAGGUAGUGAAGCUGGUCCCCUUGGUGUCUCCUUCCCAUCCUCUGUAUGCACAUGCUUGUGGCCUCUUUGGUUUCAGCUUUGCUGUGGCUGUGUGCACCCUCCUGCCGAGCCUGGGAACAGCGUGCAUGCUUGCUCUCUCCAGAACGGUGCAUGAGGGAUGUGUCGUGCUGGUGCAUGAGGAGAGGGCAGUCCCUGGCAGUGACACUGGCUGCAGGUGAAGUGCUGCUACCAAACAGAGACAGUGAUGGAGUUUAUCAUAGGAGCCUCUGUGAAGCUGUUUUUUUUGAAGUAAUGCCAAUAGAAAGUGGAAGUUGUGCAUCUGCUCGCCAAGCAAAGCAAAAACGUAAAUCACACAGUCUUUCCAUCCGGAGAACCAACAGUUCUGAGCAGGAACGGGCAGGACUGCAGAGAGACAUGUUGGAAGGGCAGGAUUCUAAGCUACCAUCUUCUGUCCGGAAUACACUCCUUGAACUUUUUGGACAAAUAGAGCGGGAAUUUGAAAACCUGUAUAUUGAAAAUUUGGAAUUGCGUAGAGAGAUCGAUACAUUGAAUGAGCGUUUAGCAGGUGAAGGACAGACAAUUGAUGGAGCUGAACUGAGCAAAGGACAGCUGAAAACAAAAGCCAGUCAUAGUACCAGUCAGCUUUCACAGAAAUUAAAGACAACUUACAAGGCAUCUACUAGCAAGAUUGUAUCCAGUUUUAAAACUACAACAUCAAGGGCAAUCUGUCAGCUGGUAAAGGAAUAUGUUGGCCACAGGGAUGGUAUUUGGGAUGUCAGUGUCGCGAAAACUCAGCCAGUGGUGUUGGGAACUGCAUCUGCUGAUCACACUGCUUUGCUGUGGAGCAUAGAAACAGGGAAGUGCCUUGUCAAGUACGUAGGGCAUGUUGGAUCAGUAAACUCCAUAAAGUUUCAUCCCACUGAGCAAGUGGCUCUUACAGCAUCUGGAGACCAGACAGCUCACAUCUGGAGAUACAUAGUACAGUUGCCUACACCUCAGCCAACUGCAGACUGCAAUCAAGUGACUGGAGAAGACGAAGUUGAGUUCUCAGAUAAAGAUGAACCUGAUGGAGAUGGGGAUGGUUCCAGUGAUUGCCCCACUGUCAGAGUGCCAUUAACUUCCCUGAAAAGCCAUCAAGGAGUGGUUAUAGCAGCUGACUGGCUGGUUGGGGGAAAGCAGGCUGUGACAGCAUCGUGGGAUAGGACAGCAAAUCUGUAUGAUGUAGAGACUUCUGAACUUGUCCAUUCUCUUACAGGGCACGACCAAGAGCUCACACAUUGUUGUACACAUCCCACCCAGCGCCUUGUGGUGACAUCAUCACGCGAUACAACCUUCCGUCUGUGGGAUUUCAGAGAUCCUUCUAUCCAUUCCGUGAAUGUCUUUCAGGGCCACACAGACACUGUGACAUCUGCAGUUUUCACUGUGGGAGACAAUGUUGUUUCUGGUAGUGAUGACCGUACAGUAAAAGUCUGGGAUUUGAAAAACAUGAGAUCUCCUAUUGCAACAAUCCGUACAGAUUCUGCAGUCAACAGGAUUAACGUAUGUGUUGGCCAAAGAAUCAUCGCCCUUCCACAUGACAACCGACAGGUCAGAUUGUUCGACAUGUCAGGAGUGCGAUUAGCUCGGCUCCCUCGCAGUAACAGACAGGGGCACAGGAGGAUGGUGUGCUGCUCUGCCUGGUGUGAGGACCAUCCCAUAUGUAACCUCUUCACGUGUGGGUUUGAUCGUCAGGCUAUCGGGUGGAACAUCAACAUCCCUGCAUUGCUACAGGAGAAAUGAAAUCCUGAAGGAGUUUCCGCGUUUGUGUCGCCAUGGACUUCUACACUUCGGCAGACUGCUCUGAGCACUGGUCUGCUCCCGCUGUAAAAGCUCUUCCAUAAGGGGAGACUUGAGCAAAUGUUGUUCUUGUUACCACAUUGUGCACAGUUUGCAUGAGUUGUACAGAAGAUGUGAUUUUUUUAAAGAUUAGUUUGUCUUGUGUAUGAACUUUUAUAUUUUGGCAUCCACUGGUCAAUAUGUUCACUGUUGCAUAGAGCACAUAAAUGUUCAUAAAUUAUUUAGCAUUCAGUAGUUACACAGUAGGGCAUUACAUUUGUGACAUAAAUGUGAAACUUAUGUAAUUACUGUAGAGAGUGUAUAGCAGUCUGUUAUGUUUUUCCAUGACUCUACAUAUCUGCCUUGUGUUAAAAAGAAUCUGCAGGGCUAAAACUUUGAAAUGAAGUGUGAAUUUCACUAGUUGUAUGAUUGUAAACAUUUUCCUGUUUGCAUCUGAUUUUGAAUACUUUUUUUUAGUGCUACGUUAUAGUGCAACUUCAGCUCCAUUUUUAUUCCAGUUACUGGAGAAAUAGUAGAUUUGAGAAGGAAAAUGCAAGCAACUUGUAGUGAAUAUAGACUGCCAGGUUUAUUUGUAAUGCUUUUUGUACUUUUUCUUUUGAAAAAAGAAAAAUAUUUGUUCUGCCCUUCUUAUAUAAAGUGAUUCUAAAACCUCAUUGCAUUUCAUACUAGCAAAAAUCCAUAAUAUUAUAAUUCUAAUCACUGAAAUCUGGUCAAACAAAUUCUGAAGCACUUUAGUUUAUAGCUGUUGUUAUAAACCGUUUAUGAAAGUUUGACUUUACCAGUGAAUGUGAGCUGACCUUUGUAAGAAGGAUUACUUCUUUUUGGUGAUCUGCCCAGAAAGGAAAUAGUUUUUUUGGGGGGUAGUGUUUUUGUUUAUGUACCUACAGUGAGCAUAUUUUUAAUUGUGUUCACUUCCCAUAUUUUUAUUUUGAGCCAGCAAUACAAAGCAAAUGAGUACUACCUCAAAAAUGAAUGUUGGUCAAGAUGCGUCGAAUCUCUCUGUAGCCUAGAAAAAAGCACUUUUGGUCUCUGCCUGAAGUACUGUCUCUGACAGGAGAGGAAAGACAAUCAUACUACAUGUGAUCCUUAAGGUAAUUAACACUUAAAGCUAGUGGAGCAAUACAGUCAGUAAACAUCAUCUGUUACCUUUCUGUUCUAAGACACGACAA